AGGAUGCAGGCCAGUGUGCUGAGAGACGCCGAGGAGGGUGGAUGUACGCCGCUCGCCUCCCGCGCUCCCGUCACUGAAUUCGUGUCAAUAUUUACACAGAAAGAAAAUUUAAGCAAUGAUAAGUAUGUGAACUGUUUAAUAAAAGAGAUAAACAGUUAGUGAAAGAAUAGAGGGAUAAAUGUAAUGAGAGGGAGAGAAAGAAAGAAAAGGAAAGAUUAACUGAAAAAAAUAAGAAAAAAAGAUGCAAUGAACUGAUAAAUAAGGGAAUAAAUGGAAGGAGAGGAAGAAAAGGGAGAAAAGACAAAAGGAAAAUGAAGAUUAACAGGAAAAUUAGAAGAAAAAGUAUACAAUAAACGAAUAAAUAAGGAAAUAAAGGAAGAGAGAAAAAAAGUGAGAAAGAAAAAGGAAAAAAAUAAGACUAACAGGUAAAUUGCGAAAAGGAGAUACACAAUGAACGAAUAAAUAAGGAAAUAUAAAAGGGAGGAAGAAGACAUAAGAAAAAAAAAUAUAAACGAAGAUAAAACCAAAAUUAGAAGAAAGUAUAAAAAUUUCUAGUGAUUAUUAUUUUUUCUCUUUGGUGAAUGUGAAGGAUAAUGACAAUAAAAAAAGAUACAGAAAUAAAUGAAUAGAUCAAUAUAAAAGAGGACACGUAUUGGACUUGAAUAAAUAAACAGAUAGACAAAAUAUAGAAAAGACAAUAUUGGGACUAACACUAUCGUUGCCUCGGCGCUCUACUCCGUCUCCUUGCCCCUGAAGUUGCUGUGAAAAGACUACUACUACUACUACUACUACUACUACUACUACUACUACUACUACUACUACUACUACUACUACUACAAUUACCACCACCACUACCACCAUUAUGAAAGAAGUCGCCUUUCCUAAGCUGCCAUCGCCCGUUGACCAAGUGCAGAAUGCGCAGGAAUUCAUCGGGUUCGCCACCUUGCCCGAACAGGUGCACCGAAAAAGUGUGAAGCGUGGGUUUGACUUCACGCUGAUGGUGGUGGGGGAGUCCGGCCUGGGCAAGUCCACGCUCAUCAAUAGCCUCUUCCUCACCGAUCUGUACAAGGACAGGAAGGUGCCCACGGGGGAGUCUUUGGUGGAGAAGACAGUCACUAUAGAGAAGAAAACUAUAGAGAUUGAGGAGCGAGGCGUCAAGCUGCGGCUAACUGUUGUGGACACGCCAGGGUUCGGCGAUGCUGUCAACUGUGAGGAAGGCUGGAAGACUGUGGAGCGAUAUGUGGAUGAGCAGUUUAACAAGUUCUUCCAGGAUGAGUCAGGCCUGAACCGUAAGAACAUCCAGGACCACCGUGUACACUGCUGCCUCUACUUUGUCCCUCCAUACGGCCAUGGGUUGCGGCAAAUGGAUGUGGAGUUCAUGCGUCGGCUACACAGGAAGGUGAACAUCGUGCCUGUCAUCGCCAAGUCCGACACUCUCACCAAGCCAGAGAUCAACAAGCUCAAGUCCAACAUUAUGAAUGAUAUUGAGACACAUAAGAUUAAGAUCUACCAGUUCCCAGAAUGUGACUCAGAUGAGGAUGAGGACUUCAAGCAGCAAGACAGAGAAUUAAAGGCCUCUAUCCCAUUUGCUGUCAUAGGAUCAAAUUGUGUCAUUGAAGUUGCAGGGAAGAAGAUGAGGGGACGACAGUACCCUUGGGGAAUUGUGGAAGUGGAGAACACGGCUCACUGUGACUUUGUGAAGUUGCGCACGAUGCUCAUUUCCACCCACAUGCAGGACAUGAAGGAAGUGACUCAGGACAUCCACUAUGAGAACUUCCGUGCUCAGUGCAUAUCCCAGAUGCAGCAGGUGGCCUUGAAAGAGAGAAACAAACUCAAGAGGGAGAGUGCAGCCAACUUUGACACAGUGGGCGAUGCAGACAGACUCCUUCAGCAGAAAGACGAGGAGAUCCGCCGCAUGCAGGAGAUGUUGAAUCAGAUGCAGGAGAAACUAAAGGAGUCUGGCAAGGAACCUGCUGUUUCUCUUGCCCUUGAUCCAGGCAAGCGGGACUCAGUGGUCAAUGUGUGACAUCUUGAGGUUUAGUAUUCAUUGUGGGGCCUCUUAGGAUUCACUGGUCAGUGUGUGGGACCUGAGACUUGAUGGUUUAUAUAUGGUGGGAUCACACAUUUGCCAUUUACUUGUUGCUAAAAUAACUCCAUCAAAAUAAGAUUAGUUGGAACCAUAGAAAAACAAUAAUUUGUGAAAGUCUUUGUUAUGAAUAAUUAUUGAAUCUAUCUUUAUAACAGGCAGAGAUCUUCUUAAAGCAUGGCAUCCAAGACAAGGCAUCUAUGUGCAUGCACUCUCACUCACAUCCACAAGAUUACUGAAUAUGAAGAGACAAAGUUGGUGUAAUAUCAGUCCCAUGAUCCAUUAGUUGUAGUUUACAGCUAAAGUCUUUACACAGAUGAGUGGUUAGUGCAUAUUAACAACAUUCGCUGAUGUACAGUACUUCACCCCUCCAGAUAGAUGAUCAUUACCUGGUAUGAUUGAAGUUGAAUUCAAAAUAUCUCUAAACUUCCACAGUUUAGGAGCUGAAGGUUUGCACCACUUCUUUUGGUGAUUGUGUGUUCAGCUUGAGUGUUCUUCCACAGCAGCACCUGAUCCCAUGGGAUUGACAUUCACACUUUCUCUCAACCUCACUUGUAGACUUUCACUUCAGCAUGGGUGAGGGUGUGAUGUUGAGGUUACUCUUCUGGCCAAAGUUUCCCCCACACUCCAGUAGACAUUCAGAAAUUUUGACUUUUAUGUGUUUUUACAGGUGUCAGUCAUGGUUGCUUUUGUGGGUGAAUUUUUCCCCUGCAUUGCUCACACUCAAAAUUAUCAUCACUGUGAUGUGUCAACAUGUGUCUGGUAAGAUUACCCUUUUGGUGUAAGUUUUUCUCAUCACAUUGCAGGCAGUGGAAUGAAGGUUGAGUGUUUGUGUAUCUUGUAUAAUGUUCAUCAUUGUUGGAAAGCAUGCUAUUCUGAAUCACCAUUUGUUUCAUCAUUACAGUAUAAAGAUACUUCUUGGUAAAAUAAAUUGAGAAUUGCACUAUCAAUAUGCCUUCCAAAACAUAGACAUGUCACACAUUAAAACAUUACCAAAGAUUAGGAGUUAUAGAAAUUAGAGCAAAGCAGUAACACCACAACAAAUGGAUCCAGGGGAGUUGACAGCACCAUCAUGGAGGCCAGACUGCUAAGGCCUGCUUCAGGUGUACACAGCCAUUGACAUGGCAGUGUUGCCAAAUAAGCAAUCACCAAACCAAGACAACUUAAAUGUGUGGUCCCCACUGUGUUGCCUCUUGAGACUCAGUGCUCAGCACAUGACCUCCUGGGAUUGUGGUCAGCAUGUGACUUCCUGGGAUUCAGUGGUUAGUGUUACCCUCUGGGGCUCAGGGAUCACUGCGAUCUUACUUAGUCCCAAUUAGCCUGUGUGCGAGAGAGAGAGAGAGAGAGAGAGAGAGAGAGAGAGAGAGAGAGAGAGAGAGAGAGAGAGAGAGAGAGAGAGAGAGAGAGAGAGAGAGAGAGAGAAUACUAAAAAACAAAAAACAUCGUAUAUUUAAUAAAUUUGCACAUUUUUCUUUACUUUUAUAUUUUAGUCUACAGAAUAAUUAGUGCAGUGAUUGUGAGUGCUGCUUGAUGCAAGUGUUUGGACUAGUCUGACUGUUGUGUUUGUGAAUGCAUUAGUGUUCAUUACUAUCUGUUUUUAUAUUAUUGAGAUGUAAAUUGUCAGAGAGGCAUUUCCACCACUUGUCAAUAUUUUAUUCUUAUCAUUCAAAGUAUUGUUGAAAGAAAUAAGCAUUCCUUGGUGUAGGAUCUUUCUGUGAAUAAGACUAUACUUAAUUCUGUAAGUAAAAGUAUUUACUAAUUUCCAUUUGUUUUAAAUGAAGUUUGUGACAUCUGAUAUUUUUAACCAUAUGACUAAUAGCUAUGAAAAAUUAUGCAAAAUUUAUUGACAGAGCUUCAUUAAGUAACUGAAGAUUUCAUUUUUACAGGUAAAGACUAGGUACAUUGCUGUGUGUUUCCUAUGAAGCAACUGUAUGUCUUGCUAAAUAUAAUUGUUGUGUGUUCUUUGUGUACCACCAUUACAUACAGUGUGAUUCCAUAGGUGUGCUGAGGAAGAAACAGAAGCCAUUUGUGUUACACCAUGGGAAGCCUGCUUUUUGUUUUUUUUUAUUAUGUUUAUUUAUUUAUUUAUUUAUUACUUAACUAUCCUUUGUAUGAAACUACCCAGUUUACUGUUAAAUGUAUGAAGUGAUGUGAAUGAAAGCAGGAAAAUUUAUACUUGUGGUAUUGUCCUUAUGAAGCAUCGGUGACACACACACUGAUGCUGAACAGGCUGAAUGAUUACAAUCGUGUCUUGCACAAAAGAGGCAUUUUUUUAUACACACAACUUCAUCUCUUUGAAAGAACAGUACAGAGCUUGUUUCUUCCUCAAGUCUUGUGGUAUGGACCCAUGUUGUAAAUGUUCUUGGUUCAGGCCUUGUAUGGUGCUUUGUUGCAUUGGCUCCUCGUAAUCUUGCCUGAUGCUAUUUCACUCAUCCCAUCAUCACCAGAAUGCAUAUUUAGCAAAAUUUCACAUAUCAGAUUCACUCACAACUGGAGUGUAUUUUAAGGAGUACAUGUUACCAUUUCAUGAAAGUUUUUGUUUUUAGUGUGUAUGUAUGACCUCAUAGAGAAAAGUACAUAGUAUUGCCAUCAACGAUAACUUAUUCAGCUAUGUACAGCAGGAUAAUCACUGCCACCUCUUCCAACCACAACAUAGAAGCUCAAUGAUGUGUUCUAUGUCUCCCACCUUGCCUCUAUUUUUUACUUACAGUUGUUUGUUAUGUAUUUGUUCAUUGUUUUCACAAGGGAUGGCUGCCCAAAAAGACUUCUCUUACUUCCUGACAGUGAUGCAAUAUUGGCCUUCCCAUGCUCCUGUGAUAGAAUUAUCAUGUGGGAGCAUUGGUGACUAAAUUACAAGGGAGUAAGUACUCUCUUUUAGAAAUAAGAUAAUAUUAUAAACCACAAAAUGCAAAUGAAUGUGUAUACCAAAAUAUGAGUGACAGGAAGUGAUAUAGGUAAUGUAAAUGUUGAACCAAAUGUCAGCUACCUUCUGAGAACCUUUAUAUUAUGUUAUAAUAUCGGUACCAUUAAAGUGAAAAGUUAUCAGUGAAUUCAGAUUGACUCUUGACAACUAAAUGGGAUGUUAACCUGCUUGGUUGUGUGGUAAGGAGUAGUGUCAUGAUGUAGGGGAGGCUAAUAAUGGUUAACACAGCUUUGCAAGAGUUAAUGUGAUGACUGUGUGAGAGAGAGAGAGAGAGAGAGAGAGAGAGAGAGAGAGCUCCACCUACAACUCUUCAGCUUACUUGCCACUGGUGAAGAGGAGCUAAACAUUAAGAGGCUCAUCCUCCUGGGACUCGAACUCAAAACUUCUUGGUUGUGAGCUCAUUUUGCUAACCACUUCACUAUGUGUGUGUGUGUGUGUGUGUGUGUGUGUGUGUGUGUGUGUGUGUGUGUGUGUGUGUGUGUGUGUGUUUGAUUCAACUGCAACAAAUAAAUAACAUCAGCAUUAGAUGAACUUUGCUUUAUAUUUAGAGUUAAAUGUUCCUUAGUGUUAUUAAUAAAACAACUUUCAUAAAGAUCAAGACUGCCUUUUAGCCAGUACUAUGACAGGCAGUGACCUGAAGGUCAGAAGAGAAAGGAGAAGGUACUUGGGUCAUUUUGCAUAUGUUGGUAAAUAUUAUCACAUUGUCAACUUUUUGAUUUUGUAUCAUGUAACAGAUCUUGGUGUACAUAUUCUUUUGCAUGAACAUGCACCAAUGAAUGUGGUGCGUACAAUUUUGGUUGAUGAGCCGAGUGCAGUCUGGAUGUCAUGUGGCCUCAGCAAGAUCCACAGGAUCUCUGUGACAACAGUGAACACCAAAAAAAAAUACAUGGGUCUAAGAAAUUGUAGUAUUUAUAGUGUACAGUAACUGGUCUUCAAAAGACUAAUUCUUUGCAAUAAGUGAUACUUCACUAUGUAUUUAUUUAUACUGAUACUGAAAAUCUUUACUAAAUGAAAGUUUUAUAUUCUCCACUGACAAUUAUUUCAAGGGAUAAAAAAUAAAACAGCUUGCAGUGGUGCUAAGUAAGACAGCCAGUCAGAAGGGGGACCAAGAACUAUUUUGUCAAGCUCAAAAUCAGAUGCUCAGAGUUUGUGUUUUUGUUAUUAGACAUAUUAGACAUUUUCAUUAUGGAUGUAGAUCUCAAAACCCAAAGGUGGUUCAGGUCUCUGAUCUCUGAUGUGGCAUGGUGUUCGUUGCUUAAUUAAAGAACACUCCUGUCAGCUCACGAAGGAUUUUGUCGAGCCACUGCCUGUACAUACAAAACAAGAUCCCUGACUGUGCCAGCAGACGAGGCACCACCACGAGGCAAUCAGAAUCCACACACUAGUUGUUCACUAUGCAUCAACACUAGUGGUUUAUCAAGGGUUUCUUGUAACGAGUUUUUGUACUUGUAACAAGGCAAAGUAACAAGUCUCCCUUCUUACUUUAUCCAAGGUUUCAUGACUUUUAUAUCUAGAUCAUCACUAUGAUUUCAGUAAUGCAAGAAUAAAAAAAUAUAAAUUUUGAUUUGUACAUAAAUUUUUGUCAUAUACUAGCAAGUUGCAACACAAAAUAACAGAUACAUUCAGUGUUUGCCACAAGAGCCAGACAAAUGUGUGGCAAGCUGUUAUUAGAAGGCCAGGUAGAUGAAAUAUAUAGAAAUGUGCCACCCUUGGCACUUACUGGAACUGGAUUUUCAUUAUUGUUGUAGAAUGAUUGUGACAAAGCUUUAAGUGAUAGUGAAAUAGAGAAGCACCAUGAAUCUGAAUCAGCUCUAGUAUGAUUAAGGAAUCAAAAUUUAAGCAGAUAAUUAUCAGAUAUGAGGAAUGAAUAAAAGUUCAGUUAACCUUAGUACAUUUUUAAGAGUUGCUGAGUGAAAGGCUGACAUUCAUGUUCAAUUAUUUAAACCCAUUUGAUUAUUAUGAUGAUAGAGGGAUAAUUAUUUCUAUGGAUUCUUAAUAAAAAACUAAAUGGU